UUGCUUCAACGUCUCCAGUUAAAAAGCUUUGUGGAAUAAACAGUGACUUUCAGCUUCUUCUACAGGAAAGAGAAACUUGCAGGAUGAAGACAAGUUGACUUACAGAUUUUCAUCAGGUCCUCCAUUUAGAAAAGCAAGCUUGAUUUUGAACAUUGCAUAGGAUUUUACAAUCACACACAGGAUACUAUAAAUGAUCCAGGCAGCUGUCAGCAAGGCCGUGAUUUUCCUGGUUAAAAUAGGAAAUGCAUUCAUUCUUUGUACAUCAUGUAAACAGAAUCCGUCUAGACCCUGAAGGGGUCUGCCCUUAUAUUUUUAUGUGACCUGAAAAGAAGAGGUGAAGAAAUUUCAAGUGAUAACAAUAAGAAAGGCUGAAAGGAAACUAAUCAUUUUCUUCCUUGGAUCAAGCUGCUGCAUUCAAUGUGCUCUGAGCAAGAGGCAGCACUCAGGGAUGAGAUGGAGCAGUCCCCUGCAAUGCAUUCUGAAUAUCUGGUCUCAGGGAUUAGAACUCCGCCUGUGAGAAGGAACAGCAAGCUGGCAACAUUGGGCAGGAUCUUCAAACCAUGGAAGUGGAGGAAAAAGAAAAACGAGAAACUAAAGCAAACAUCAGCAGUGUUAGAGAAGAAGAUUACUGCAAGGCCAGGUCGGGAUGAACUCAUUAAGAAAGGUCUUCUGGAGAUGAUGGAACAAGAUGCUGGAGGCAAAGCAUGCGCUGCUGAUGGUGCCACCAGAUCAAUGCAGAGUGACCCUUCAUCCCCCGUAUGCCAGGCACUUACCUCAGAAGAGAUGCAGCAGGAAAGUACAGCAGCAACAACAAAUGCAACCUCAUUUAGCGAGGAGCUGCACUCAGAGGAGCUGAAAGACGAUGCAGCCAAGAAACCUUCAUUGUCCACUGAAGAACUAGAAGAUGCCUGCCUGCCAGUAACCGAAGAGACUCCACAAGCCUUACUUAUUUCUGAAUCCACAGAUUCCCCACAGAAACCAAUGGAAAGAAACCUAGCACAGCUCCCCAGCCCCCCUUCACUUCCAAUUCCACCACCUAAGGCAAUCUCCAAAAUCAAGAGUGUAACAGGACAAGCUGCCCUCUUCCAUCCAUCAGGCCAGAAAGGCUCCGAUCCCCAUGUCAGAGGACAGCUACCAACGCCGACCGGUUCCCCUCAUCCCGCUGCUGUCCACCUGCCUUUACCUCCCAGCAGAGUCAUUGAGGAGCUCCACAGGGCUCUGGCCACCAAACAUCGGCAGGAUAGCUUUCACGGCAGAGAAAGCAAAGGGUCUCCCAAAAAAAGAGUGGAUGUCCGUCCAUCCAGAACAUCUAGCAUCGAGGGCAGCAAAGAAAAGGAGAACGCACUGAGCCACAGUAAUGAUCCGGAGAACAAGCGAAACUCAGUCAAAGAGUCAGAUGAGAACAAAGAAAACCUGAUCAUGAACUCAGAACUCAAGGACAACUUGGUUUUUUAUCAGGAUGAAGAGGUGUUGAAUGACUCCAUCAUUUCUGGUACCUUGCCAAGAAAAUGCAAGAAAGAGCUGCUGGCAGUAAAGCUACGGAACAGGCCAAGUAAGCAGGAACUGGAAGACAGGAACAUUUUCCCAAGGAGGACGGAUGAGGAACGACAGGAAAUCCGGCAGCAAAUCGAAAUGAAACUUUCAAAACGCCUGAGCCAAAGACCUGCUGUCGAGGAGCUCGAACGAAGGAAUAUACUUAAACAAAGAAAUGAUCAAACAGAGCAGGAAGAAAGAAGGGAAAUCAAGCAGAGGCUGACGAGAAAGCUCAAUCAGAGACCUACAGUCGAUGAACUAAGAGACAGAAAAAUUUUAAUUCGAUUCAGCGAUUAUGUUGAGGUGGCAAAAGCACAGGACUACGACAGACGAGCAGACAAACCCUGGACAAGACUAUCAGCAGCUGAUAAGGCAGCAAUUCGUAAAGAACUAAAUGAAUACAAAAGUAAUGAAAUGGAGGUACAUGCAUCAAGCAAGCAUUUGACAAGAUUUCACAGGCCAUAGAGAUUUUCUUCUGAGAAGAAUUUGUCUUUACUUUCGAUACUGCUACUGAACACACAUCAGGGAACGUAUAAAGGUCUUUCCCUGAAGUUCAGUUCACGAUAACCUGACGUGUGUGUGAGAGAAGGACUGUGCAGGUGAAAUCUCUGCAGCUCGUACACACAGGAGCUACCUACCAGAGGACGUACUUCGCUCUUUGAUGCCUGAAGAGUGAUGGCCUGUGGGGUGGGAGGAUCAGCUGAAAACGAAUGAAGUAAAGCUACUGGAAGGAACUUACUGCUCUCCUUUAACACUUGUUUUAAACUGUUUUGCAGCAUAUCUUGGAAAAGGAGAUGUUGUGCAUGUACAGGCUUUACCAUUCCAGGGCCUCUGACAUAAUGGACAUGACGCACUGUCAUUCAGUAUUAUGUUGACAAGACAUUUUGAACUAAUCACAAUUAGUUUGUAAAACACUUACGUUCAUGUUAUACAAAAUGAUUUAAUGUAUUAUAAUUUCUUUCUUUUUUAUAUAAUGUCUAACGAAAACACAGCUGCAACAUUUUUGAUUCCUGUUAAUUUUGUUCUUUAAUUAAAUGACUACUUAUUGCAGGAAA